AUGUCCAAGAUCGACAAGCUCUCCAUAUCCGGUGUUCGCUCCUUUAGCCCCAAUGUCCGGGAGGCCAUCCAAUUCUACACACCACUGACCCUCAUCGUUGGGUACAAUGGUUCUGGGAAAACCACCAUCAUCGAAUGCCUCAAAUAUGCCACAACUGGCGAGUUGCCGCCAAAUAGCAAAGGCGGCGCCUUCAUCCACGACCCCAAGCUCUGUGGCGAGAAGGAAGUCAUGGCCCAAGUCAAGCUCCAAUUCCGAUCGAUCAACGACAAGCAGCACGUUGCGACUAGGAGCUUACAGCUCACGGCCAAAAAGACCACGCGAUCCCAGAAGACGCUCGACUGCUCCCUGGUGGUCAUGAACAAUGGCGAACGCUUGACCACCUCCACACGAGUUGCUCAGCUCGACGAGCUGAUACCCGAACGCCUCGGCGUUUCGCCCGCAAUUCUCGAUGCUGUCAUCUUUUGCCAUCAAGAGGAGUCCAUGUGGCCCUUGAGUGAGCCUGCAGCCCUAAAAAAGCGAUUCGAUGAGAUAUUUGAAGCACUCAAGUACACCAAGGCGAUUGAGAAUCUCAAAAUCUUGCGCAAGAAACAGGUCGAGCAGCUAGGGAAACUGCAAUCGGACGAGGGCCACAACAAAGUCAACAAAGACCGAGGUGAGCGGGCGGAGAAGCGCAUGACGGGCCUCCAGGGCGAAAUUGAAGCAGCGCGGGAAAAGUGCGAGGCUUUGACGGCUGAGAUGGAGGAGACGCAAAAGAAGAUCAGCGAGAAACAAAUUCAAGCGAAUAGCUACCUCCAAAUCGUACAGAAUCUCAGCAACAAAAAGGAGCAGCUAGAGUACCGACAGGACGCCGUCAGUGAAUUGCGACAGACUAUUGACGAGCUUCACGACGCCGACUCAGCUCUAGAGGAACAGCUUUCCCAGUAUCAGGCACGUAUGGAUCAAUGUCGUGAGGAGGUCGACCAAAACAGAGCCCAGUAUGGAGAGCUCCAGAAGGAACUUGCCACAGCCCAGCGCGACCUCAACACCAAGCUGUCGGAACAGGGAAAACAUCAGUCAGACAAGGACAAAUACGAGCGCCAGCUCAAGACGCGCACUGAAAUGGUGCAGCAAACAGCGGAAAAGUAUAGUUUUCGCGGCUUUGAUGGUCAACUCACCGAUCAGCAAAUAGCGGCAUUCAACGAGCGAUUGCAAGACCUCCUUUCUGAGAAGAAGCGUGAUCUCGACCGGUUGCAAAGGGCGAACCAAGGCGAGACUGACCAAUUCACUGCAGUCAUCACGCAGCUCGAAGGACGCAAAGCUGCCAGAACCCAAGACCGAGUUUCCUCCAAGCAGCGGAUGGGUGCCAUCGAGAAGAGAAUCCACGUUCUGAGCUUGGAGGCGAGCAGAAUCGACGUCGAUGAGGUCGCAAAGGCUAUCCUCGAUGGGCAACUAGAUGAGAUCGGCAGCCGGCUGCAACGAGCACAAAGUGAAUUCGAACAGGCUAGCUGGGAUGGCCAGCUAGCCGAAGAAAACAAUAAGCUGUGGAGCUUGGAGAACGACAGCGAGAAAUUGGGGCGCGAGCUCGUCGAGUCCACACGUCUCGCUUCAGAAAGAGCUCAACUCGACUUUCGCAAAAAAGAGCUGUCAGACCGCAAGCGAAAGCUGGAAACCAUCACUAAGACCUGGCGGUCGAGGCUGGAUGCUGCGGUUGGGGGAGACUGGGAGCCCGAGACGUUGGACGGCAAGUUUCAGAUUGUGUCCGACCGUCAAUCGAAACAAGUCGAGAUCGCACGCAAGACCCGGGAGACAGCGCGGGAAAAGCUGCAAAAGUCCGACUAUUCCCUCAAAAUCGCCAAAGAAGCUGCGGCGAGAAACAAGGCAGAAGGUGUCCAGUGCCAAAAAAGAGUCUUGGCUGCAAUGGAGGACGCUCUGGGCGACGAGCAGCCGGACAUUGACGGGUACACCAAGGCGUUGGAGACCGAGGAGGAGGCUGUCGAGACGUUCAAGUCGGACAUUUCUCUGCUGGAGAAUUUGAUCAAGUUCUACGAAAAAUGUCUCAAGUCAUUGGAGCGCAGCAAGAAGUGCCAUCUCUGUGACAGAGGGUUUGAUGCUGCGCGCGAGCGUGUGGAAAUGCAGAAGUUGAAGGAGAAGAUCAUGAAGCAGACGUCCCCGACUGCGAAGGAAGAUGCAGAGAAAGACCUGCAGCAAUCGGAGGAAGCUCUCGCCAAGCUGCGUGCCGUGCGGACUGACUACGAGACGUACCAAAGACUAAAGGACGAGCUACCCAAAUUGCAAGACGAAUGCCAGAAGUUGCAAAGCGACUUCGACGCUUUGGAGCGGCAACUUGAGGAUAAGGAUGCCUUGGUUACAACUGAAGACGAAAAACACAGCGACAUCAGUGACCUGGCAAAAACAGUACAGAGCAUCUCUCAAGCAUUCAAGGACAUCAAGGACUCUGAAGCCCAAGUGGACCGUAUCCAGUCGCAACAGGCUUCUGGUGGCGUAACCCGAAGCGCUGAAGAACUGCACGAACUUCAAGCUAGCGUCGGCGAACAACUCCGAGUUGUGAAGACCAGGAUUGCCAAGCUUUCAGCCGACAAGCAGCGUGGUAAAGAUCAGAUCAGCGCUUGGGAGCUCGAAAGAAGCGAGCUGCGCAACAAGAUCAGCUCCGCCUCGGGCCAGCUGGAGAAGAAGACCAGCCUACAAACACAAAUCCAGUCACUCAAGGAAGAUAACGCACAGCAGAGAGAAACCAUCCAGAGAGUGGAUGGGGAGCUGGAAACCAUUGAGCCUGAGAUUACAGAAGCCAAGGCCGCGCGGGAUCAGGCGAUAACGCGGAUGCGAUCCAAGGAGCAGGGUAUUGCUUCGGAGAGAGACGAAAUCUCCAACUCGAUAUACGAGAUCAAGAUGGUCGACAAUGAUAUUCAAGACUACGUUGACCGGGGCGGUCCGUCAAACCUCGCAUCCAACCAGCGCGCCAUUGCGAGCUUGGAGAAGGCCAUCAACAACACCAAAAAGGAGGUCGAUGAUAUAACAAAGCGGGCCAACAAGCUCAAGGAGGAUCUUGACAGCGGUGACCGCAAAAGAAAGAACAUCAACGACAACCUCAACUACCGCAAGCAUUUGCGCAUGCUCGACGCUCUCCGUCAAGAUAUCGAGGAGCUUCAGGACCGCAACGCCCACGAGGACCAUGAUCGUCUCGUUGGCGAGGCGCGGCAACUCGAAAACCACUCAAAUCGCCUCUUCGCGGAGCGCGGUUCCGUCAUGGGCAGCAUGAAGACCAAGGAUGAAGAGCUUGACCGUCUACUCCAAGAAUGGGAGAUGGACUACAAAGACGCCAAGUCCAAGUACCGCGAAUCGCACAUUCGGGUUGAGACAACGAAAGCCGCGAUUGAGGACCUGGCACAGUGCUCUUCGGCUGUGGAUAAGGCCGUCAUGCAGUUCCACUCCAUGAAGAUGUCCGAGGUGAACCGGAUUGCUGGCGAACUAUGGCAGAAGACAUACCAAGGGACCGAUAUUGACACCAUUCUUAUCCGAUCCGACAAUGAGUCCUCGACUGGCAAGAGAAGCUACAACUACCGCCUCUGCAUGGUCAAACAAGAUACGGAGAUGGACAUGCGCGGUCGGUGCUCGGCUGGUCAAAAGGUCCUGGCGAGCAUCAUCAUUCGUUUGGCCCUCGCCGAAUCCUUUGGCGUGAACUGCGGCCUCAUCGCGCUCGACGAACCCACGACGAACCUCGACAGAGACAACAUCAAGUCCCUCGCGGAAAGCCUGCACCAGCUGAUUCAGCAGCGUCAGGCGCAGAGCAACUUUCAGCUCAUCGUCAUCACCCACGACGAAGAGUUCCUGCGCCACAUGCGCUGCAGCGAUUUUUGCGAUAGCUUCUUCCGCGUGAAGCGGGAUGGCCAGCAAAAGAGUGUGAUCUCGCGGGAAAGUAUCACCAAGAUCUUCUGA